AUGAAUAUUGGACAACUAGUGAACGAAGCUGCUUCAAAUAAAGGUUUCUCUGCAGCCCAUUCCACUUUCAAAAGUCCAGAUCAAAGAUCACCUCUGUUUCCACAAGACACAGUUGGUGACAGCGAUUCGAAUCAACAGGAGGUGAAUUGCGGUGAUGCAGCCACUGCCCUGGAACACACCUCACCUGAUACAACAACUCCGUCCUCUACUGCCGUCAACUCAGAUCCAGACCAAGAUAAAGUCUUAGCCGAGGUUGUAGAAGCUGCUAAAGCUCGGGAUUUGGCUAAAAUCUUUAACCUCGUUACAUCUUGGCGGACACCUGAAACAUCUAGCAUGUCUUCAGUGAAUCCUCCUGUCUCACAGUCCGCCACCUCGUCGACAACGACUACUAACGGCCCCACCGAAUUGUCGUCCCUACCAGAGGGCAAUGACUCCAUGAUAUCCUCUAUUCAAGCCAAUGCUGAGACUUCCCAGCCUGUUGUGUCUGAGACCACAGCAGCUGCUGCCCCCGUUCUGCCAACAAACUCAUCAGCGGCGCUUGGGGUGACCGACGUUUGCCCUCCCUCUGCCCUCUCCUCUUCAUCCGCUCAAUCUCAUCCCCUGGCGGAUAAGGUUGACGAAUCCAAAACUUCCCCAUCCUCUACUAUUGAAGAGCCUCCCAAAGAUAACCCUCAGCCAAUCAACGAAUUGAUCUCUCCACCUACUGAGUCUACUGUGAUGCCGUGUUCCGUUGCCCUGCCUACUUCAUCAUGGGCUGCAUCCGCUCCCCCUGUUGUUGCACCUACUACACCCCUCACCUCAACCAUCUCAGUUAGCUUGAGUGUUUUGAAUGCUGCGGGGGAACUUAGUCCGGUUCACGUUCUGCUACCGAAUCAACCGCUCGUGGUGCUGCGUGUGAUGCCAAUUCAGGGAGCUCGUGCCGGUGAACAAGUCACCCUGAGCAUUCCCACGCAACUUAUAUUGAAGAACAUUUCAAGCGCCAUUGAAAGCGGUGCGUCCUACAACGGGGGACCUAUCAUCAUACCAAUAACCCCUCCACCAAUAAACUCAAUCACUGCUUCAACAAUGACUACUGAUUCGAUAGUCAAAUCCGUUACAGCUCCAAUCCCGCCCGCUCUUCCCAUUGGUCUCAAGUCGUCAGCUUCUUCAUCAUCAUCGUCAUCAGGAGCUCGAAAGAUGAGGGCGAUCGCUCCCAAACCCUCCAAUUCUGUCGUAGGCACCGUACCGGUCACCUCGGUUUCUACUUCGCUACGCUCAACUGGCAGCCGGCCCGCAAGAAAGAUUUUCGCAUCCCCAGUUGUACCAACUCCCCUGACCCAGGCAACCUCCGUUUCCACUAUGCCCCCAGCCAGCACCCCUAUAAGCACGCCUGUCGCCUUUAUUGGUGGUAAGCCGCACGCUGCGGCAAUCCUUCGGAAGCCCAACGCAUCAAAUUCUCCCCUGCGUAACCGCAGUCGUCGAAAAAACCCGAGUACUUCUCUGCCACCGCCUGUCACAGUGGCUGCUCCUGCCACCGCUACUAUUGCCCCACCCUCCGGCGGAUACAUCAUCGACCCCACAUCGGGCGCCCUCAUACCUGCCGAUGCGGGCUCUACAGGUGGUUUCAUCCAACCCAUGGUGCAAUCGGGACCAAGUGCUCCUCAGUUUUUCGCCCCACCUGGUUCAUUUUUUGUGAGUACCUCCAACGGUAUCAUCCCAAUGCCGAUUAGUGGAGUUCUGCCCGCUGAUGCAAAGGCCCCUGAAGCCCCGGAAUCGGGUGAACUUAUUGCCGGCGGCGGCAAUCCGUACCAGUCAGGAUUCCUUGUUCCGGCCGACGGAAGUAACGAAGCUUUUACUCAACCGGUUUUCUUCGCUAACGGAGCAGGACCAAAUGGGCAGUUCAUCUUGCCAAGUUAUCAGACGAGUGUGCCGGGUGGUGAAUACGUUCAACCGUUUUCUGCCCAGCCUACGGAAUAUUUGCAAGCCAACGGCGGUGAACUCUACCUCGCCAGUGAUGGAUCAAGUUACAUGUCUUACCCAAGCCUUAUUGGGCAGCCACAGCCCGUGGCUACGGUUGAUUUGAAAGAUGACGGAAGCGGUGUUGACGUGGCCUCGGAUAAUGACGAUAUCAUAAAUAUUGCAAUGCGUGUAGCCUGUGGGGAGCAAGUUAUGUGCCUGCCCGCAGACGUGGACUCGGGUGCAGGCGCUGUCGCCACGUCAACUGUUGAAGUAACCGAUGAAACCAAUGGCGUAAUCAGCGAAUUUAUCCAGUCUUCAUCAAUCUCCCGACCCCCCUCAAACGCUGUGCACGAAGAGCAGCCGGGUGAACAGGCAUCACCACUUAUUGAAGAAUCGGUUGUACCAAGUGACCAGCAGACUAGCACGGGAGAUGCCAAAAUUGAUGCUCUGCUCGCUGAGGCGGCUCUAGUGAGCUCGGUUAAUGGUGUUGGGGACAACCAGUCGGCUGUGUCCGUGCCCGUUGCUUCAUUGUUAGGUCCGCGCACAACUGCUCCAUCGACUACCACCAAUCCGGGCCCGUGUGCCAUUGUGGACGCGAGUGCUGCGGAUGUGCACGAGUUUUCACAGAGCCUUUAUGAAAGUUUUGCCAAUUUUGAUGCCUCUUUGAUGCCCGAGACAGCCCCCAUUUCGUGUUCUAAGGCGGCAACGGAAGCUGCGUUCACAUUUGUGACGCAGAAAGUCAGAGAUCUGGAUUCCGUUUUCGGACCCGACUCUACCGAUUUGGAUGCAACUACCACCCAUGUAACGGAUUCCUUCCUCAAUUCAUUAGUCAAUCAAGCCGACGAUUUAGAUGCGGAAAUGGCCAAUAAGGAGAAUCCCCUCGGCGCUUCACUCAGUUUAGUGUCUCACCCUGUUGAGAAUAAAGACCAGCCGAAUGUUGGGCCGCAGGAUGACCAGGAGGGAAGUGUCAACGAAAUGGAGGUCUCUCAGGUGGCAAUGGCGGACCUCUUCCAGCUGUCAUUCGGUAGACAUGUUGACGACGCGGUGGUUGGUGACGCCGAUAUGGUUGAAGACGACGACACCUUCUUUCCCUUCCCUCGUGACUACACCACGUCUGAGCAAUUCGACGAGGCGCUCCAACUUCUUGGCUCACCACCCCCAUCAAAUUGCUCUCCUCCCCGCGUUCCGGAUGAUAUUGAGGGUGAUGACGGUGUAUCUGUCGUUGGAGGUGGCUGCGACGGUGCUCCGUUUAUUCAAAAUUCCGCUUCUGCGCCUAAACAGGCGCCUAACUCAAAUUCCAAGCCUCCAAGUCCUGAAGUUGUUGAGCAAAAAGUUAUCGAAGAUGUCGUUUUCAAUGAGGCAAUUUUACCUCAUGAGUUGUCAGUGGGUAGUGACCUUCCAAGUGCUAGCCCCGUCACCGACAGGCAGGCUGCUGAACUGAGUUUGUUCGGUGAAGGCGAAAAGAUCUCAAGCCCCACUGAAGGUUUACCCAAAACAGACAAUAUGGAUGAAGAUGAGGAUGCAGAAGAUGACUCGGGAAGUGAGCUAGACUUCUUGCCGAGUCGUAAUGAUCGUAAUCAGCGGGAGCAAAAUGAGUCGCCUCCUUUUUCACCGAAGGACCCUCCAUCGUCACCUCAGUUGCUAUUGGCGACUCACGCGGCUUCAAGUGCAGACGGUCCGCGUCGCUCCUCUCGAUCAAUUGCUGUUAAAGCCACUAGUCUAUCGCCUACUCCCCAGCAGCCUAUCAAGUACCCCAAACAUUCGACUCCUCGCACUAAGCGAACUCGUCGACAAUCCUUCUCCUCUUUGCUCUCACCGCCUAUAUUGCCCCGCAGACGCAGCCAGGGUGAUGCCUCGUCCACACCGGUGUCGCCAAGGCAGCUUCGGUCCGCCGCAGCGGCAAAGAAAGACGACAGUCCUGUGUACGCUGAAGACGCUUCCUGUGAGGAUAUAUCACCCCUGAAAGCGCCGACAACACGAGAGGAUCUUAAAAAACUCGAUCGAGUACAACGUGCGUCACAGCGUCGAAGCGGUGCUUUAGUGUUGGAGGACUCAGAUGAUGCGGGAUCUUCGAAAUUGUCGCUCGAUUCCUCGCAGCACACUGAGUGUUGUGUGGAGGAGUCGACUAUCGCGUGCACCGUUGAGACGCCAACAACACCCAAGCGAAAACGCGGAAGACCUAGUCUGCGCUCUUCGGGUGAACCAGCCGCCUCGCCAUCUUCACCGCCUAAAGAUCCAGUCGUCUCGGCGUCCGACGCAACUCCCUCGAACCUGUGGACUAUGUUCUAUUCGCGACCAACGUCGUUCGGUUUCUCCAGAGACUCGAAUGUGCACCUUCCACUGCCCAAUACGAACAUCCAGCUCAAUGUGGAACUGAGGGAUCAUCCAGCUCUGACCUCCGAUCAGUCCUUCUGGGGUGAUCCCGAGGAAACUUUCCCCGCGGAGGACGACGACGAAGACGACAAAAAAGACGCGGAGGAUAAAACCACUCACUCGGAGUCCCCCACUGAAAAAAUAAAUGGCGAUGCCGUUGUCGAGGCGGAUUCCCCGCCUAGUCCACCAUCACCUGAGCUGCUUGCUACCGUCACUGCCGUUUCGAUAGCGCUCAACCUCCCCGUUACACCGGCUAUUGCUUUACCCGGAAACGGCACUGCGUUUGCCAAAUUUGCCGCUUCAAUGUCAUUGCCAUCUUUUGGUGAAUUCACCUGCACCACGCAGCCAACUUCCACGAUUGCUUCGAUACGCGAUGGUGAAAAGGACUCGCAGGCAAAAAAAGCAGAUUGUAACGAUGACGGUGAUAGUGAAGCGACCGAGGGCAGUACCUCUCCGGUCGCCUGGCUCCGCGAUUCCAAAGGACUGGCCUUCUCCGAGAACCUUUUCCCGCCCAGGUUUGCAGCCCCGCUCUCACCCUCUCCUCUUGCUGCUGGUUUGCAAGUGCCGGUGAUCUCGAAUUGCGAGGCAAAUCAAACCAGAGGCUUUCCUCUUAUUUCUCCAACAAAGUCUCCGGCAUUCGGUGACUCGCCGAACCCACCUCAGCCUCCCAUCAGUCUUACCUCUCCGAGCAGUCAAACAUUUGGUAGCUUUGCCGGUGCUGCCGCCUUCCGGUCGUCAAGUUUCAGCUCCCUCGCUGCAAGGGCGUCUUCUCGCAUAUUUGGCGCCAGUACCACCACUACCUUGCCGGCUACCUCCUUCUCUGAGAUUGCAAAGGCCGCGGAGACCCAGCACCGAGAUUUACACGGUCAACUCCCCACUCCCUUCCGAGUAGCGUCUACCGUUUCGUCUGCCGACUCCGACACUUGUGACACCGGCGGAAGUAGCCCGAGGCCACGCUCAAAGGCGAGUCGACGUAGCCACCCGUAUCGUCGGCACAAAGUGAAUCCGAGCCGACUGUCCCCUCACCUUCACCACGCGGUCGAGAUGCAAAUUGUCGACACCCUGCAGCAAGUAACCACUGAUGAAAGUCUAGCUCCUCGAGAACACUCUCCGUUGCAGUUUAGAACUGUUCCUUACGCGGACUUUACCCCACCUUCGGCGCUAGCCGUGGCCUCGUGUUUCCCGCGUCCCCCGCCACAGUCGCAUCAGUUGCCUCCACUAAUGGAAAUUAUCGAUCUUCCCCAGCCUCCGAGUAAUUCAUCGUUGGCGGAUGGCCUAGCGCAUGCGGACAAUUCCACUGCCGCGUCCCCUACCGAGUCGCGUCAGCCGAUACGCAUAAAGCUGAAGCUUCCCAUUGUCAAGUCGCGUCAUAAAAGUAGGGGGGAGAAACGCAGACGCAAGCGCGAGCAUUCGGAGGAACCGGUUGCCAACAGCAAGACAUUCAGAAGCCCCACCAUCUUGCGGUUGUCGCGUGUCGGCGGGAUGUUUCGCACCGAGGCAGUGUCCGCGCCCCAGGCUCCUCCCCACAAGACGAGCAACAGCGCCCCGACAGCCCCGCCCAAACGACCGACAACCUUUGCUCCGCCUAUCUGGGCAGCGGGCAGGCGUGGCAGGGGCGGCUUCCGCACCGGCGGCGGCGGCACCAGCAGCAGCAGCAGUGCAAACGCCCGGGUGUCGUCUGCAGUCGCCUCGGGCACUUCUGCUCCGGCAGCGGGCACAGGGGCCUUGUCGAAGAAAUUCUUCUCCUCCUCCAAGGAGGAUCGUCGCAGUAGUGCCAUCAAAACGCGGCGAGAGACAGUUGGGCUCAGCGAGAGAGCGAGCGAGAGGACGGGCGGGCGGGCGCGCGUGACUAACAGCGACACCUCCGUGCAGCAAGGUCACACCGCCGCGAUUUCGUCCGCGCCGCAGGCACGUGCCGGUCACAGGCUGUGCGUGUGCGCGCCUGCGCGGUGCAAGGGCGGAGUGAUUAAAGCACACUCGCAACCGCGCCAGUGCCUUAAGGCGAGCCCUCAGCCUCCUGUCGCCGCCGCUGCUGCUACCGCCAGUGCUGCUUGCAGUGUUGUUCCUCUGUCCACUUGCCGCGUUACCGAGGGUUCGGCUAUCACUCCCCUAUAAGGAUUUUUUUUUCAUAUCCGCGUCAACUCCCAGACAAAAGGCCUUCAUUCCAGCGCUUUUUUUUCCGUUCAACUAACCACUCGUCCCUGGCGCUUGGGUUUCGGAUCACCUCCGCGAAAACGUGGCGGUUUCUCCGGCAAGUCGGAUCGAGGGAGUGGUAACUUCCGUAGGACCAGCAGCUCGACGUCAGUUCAAAACACGGCAAUUGAACCACCACCACCGCCGCCGCCAGUACCCGUGAAUCCAAUUGCUCCUCAAGUUCCAACUCCAACCAACAACCGCAUCCGCGUGGUUAUUCGUCUCCCCAAGGAAGACGACUCAGCUGCGGGCCAUGGUCAGGUGGUGACGGGGAUCAACGAUCAUGCUCAGGACCACGAGGAAGAGGGGGUUGUGAGUGUGAGCGAAUGUGCAACCGAAGAAGAGGAGGAGGAAGAAGAAGAAGAUGGGGAGGAGGUCAAUGAGUCCACACCGGGUCCACAAUUCUCCAUCGCACCGGUGGCCGAGACAUUUGUGGACAAGAACCAGGCGCGGGUGCGAGUGGUGCGGAACAGAGCCCUCUUCUCCGCGGGGGAAGUGAUAGACGAGGAUGACAGGGACUCGUCUUUCUCCUCGGACGAGCUGCCGCCCACCAACACACGGGGCUGCUUGCCCUCGAUCAAUGGGUCACAAUCGACGCAUCAUCAGUCCAACAUUGGCUCGGGGCAGUCCUACCACAACCAACAGGUUCUGCAGCCCGGCAUUAGUCCUGCUAGUCGGCCAUCCUCCGUCAAGAUUCAUCCAGAACUCUCCACUGCCAGUUAUCCCGCACAAACUGCGACAUCGUUUUAUCACCAACCAACAGCCGGUGCCGCUGUCUCCUCGACUGCGCCGGUGGCUCCUUUUAGUCCCUUACGCUGUGACCUCACGACCACCUCCGCCGCCACCGCCGCCACUCCCUCCUCCUCCUGCCUCCACCACCCGAGAACCUCAGCCGAGCAGCCCGCGAGCAGCGCUCGCAGCACCAGCAGCAACAGCACAGCCAGUUGCAGCCUCCCCGCGCCCAGCACAAUCUCCCCGCCGGCCCCUUUUAUUGUUGCCACCACUACCAGUGAGGCCGAAGGCAACUGCGGUGGUAGUGGUGGCGCUGCGACUCACGAACACGUACAAGCAGCCCCCCUAAUGGACGGCUUCUACCAAAGGCACUCGCACCGGCCCUUUGUUGAGGCUGGCGACGGGGAAAAAACGCGGGGACCCCAGCAGCCCGCGACGCCGUACUCCAAUAAGGGCGUGAUUCCCACCUCGAGUUCGUGUAAUUUGUCGAUGAAGCCUGGAAACGUCUUUCGCGACAGUAUUUUAAAGAUUAAGUUCGUUGUUGGUUGGUGGUUCCCCAUGUGUACAGCGCCUUCGCCAAGUCGCGCCAGUCCACCUGUCGGUUUUUUGUGUUUUGUCCAGGUUGACUGUAAUCGGAGUCCAGCUGUCGCCUCUGAACCACCGACCCCUAUGUCGUCAGCCUACCACCAACACCUUCAGCAGCAGCAUCAUUCGCAGACAGUGGCCCAACCCUCCAGUCACCUUCGAAACGCCCCAUCAGUGUCGUCUCAUGAGACACAGGCACUAGCCGCUGCGUACGCAGCCGCCGCGGCCGCCGCCUACGUUGGCAACAUCGAGCCCGCGGCAAUGCAGGCCAUGCUGUCGUCUUCGCUUUUCAAUAACUUCGGCGCCGCCGGGUCCGCUGUGUCUUCCAGGGGCUAUUCGCAGCUGCAACACCAACCACCGCCGCCGCCGACUUCGCCUUACCUGCAAUCAUACCCCCCUCACCACCACCAACACCACCAAAGUGCUCGUGACUACGCGGAACACCAUCAUCAUCAGCAGCCGCACCAGCAUCAACCAGUUUUUCCACCCUAUCGAGACAUGAUGGAGGCAUCGAGUCGCGAGGUCUAUCGCCACAUAAACGAGGCUCACCAGCAGCCACACUACUCCAUUCCCACCCACAUCGGUGACAGCACAGUGCUUGGGCAUUAUCCGUGGCACCCUCAGCAGUACCACUCGCAGCACAAUCACGUCCCGAUGCCCCUGAGUGCAAUCGAUAGGGCGGCUGUCUACUACUCGUCAUCGCAGCACCAACAACUGUCGGCAGCACCGACUCCCCAGACCUCCUCCUCGCAUUGGUACAUGGGUGAUGGUGGUGGUGUUUCCGGGGUGCAGGCGCCGUCCUCCCAGCCACCCGCUUCCACAUCCAGCUACCCACCGCAGUUCGACAACUCGGCUGUAGUUGCUGCCGUCGCCGCCGCCGGCUACCAUCUUCCCGCCUUCCCAAAACUGUCUUGA